AUUAUUAUUAUUAUUAUUAUUAUUAUUUAUAUACUUCUGUAUAGCCGCGUCCAUUGUCGUGAUAUGAUAUUGGACUCCGCAGCCAACGAGUCAAAUAAUAAUAUUAAUAAUAUGUAACUAUGGAGCCUGAGAACCAGCGCGGAAAACGCAGGCAAAAGGCAGGCAAAAGGCUGGGCUGGCCAACCGGGGACCGAUCCGCCUGCGUUGGUUGGUUCCCAGCAAACCCAGUGCGUCCCGUGGACAACCGGGCGCUGAAAGGAAUGAUAAUAAAAUAAUAAUAAUAGUAAUAAUAAUAUAAUUAAAAUUGAAUAUUGAAUAUAAACAAUACCGAUAAUAAGGAUAAGAAUGAUAAUGGGAAAUUGAUCCUAUUCUGAUGCGGGCUCUGAUCAACAAAAAGGGAAAAGAAAAAAGACGGCUCUCCCUCGCUGCUGGGUUUGAGGAGGGCUUGAGGGCUUGAGGGCUUGAGCUGUUCGGAACCCCGCCAAGCCCUCUCCCGAGUCCCGAGUCCCGAGUCCCGGGUUAUUUUCGGGGGUCUGGUUCGAGUCACUUUCUUCGGUGUGGUUCAGUGGUUCCCGGCUACUACUAUUUUCUCCUCUCUCCUCUCUCUCUAAGCAAAAAGAAAGGCCUUUGUUUGCCUUGUCACAUGGGGUUUAACCACUGCGCCUAGAAAAGGGGAGAAUCAAACAUGAUAGCUACAGCAGGGGCGGAAAAUGGCUUCAGAUCUACCUAUAAUAGCUAUCAUGAUCUAAAUGGGUUCCUUAUUCUUGCGAUUUUUACUUGUUCAAGAACGGAAGGCUGGAUCACAUGACGGGUUGAUUCUAAACAAACAAACAGUGCAAACAGCUAGGGAAGCUGCUGUAACCGUAUUAGGUAAGGCGUCUCGGUAAGCCGCUCAUAGAAAAGCUCGAUUUUUUUUCCCUCCUUUCACAGCCUUCUUCUCCAACGUCCACAAUAAUAAUAAUAAUAAUCAUAGUCAACAGAAACGCAAUGUUCUCAACAAUUGCAUCUGGGAAGCCAAAUGGCAUCUUAAUGCUGUGACCAUGUUUUGUCUUCAAUUCUCGCCCAUGUGUUUAAGUCAGCACUAACCUGAUCCAACAGAUCAUUUGACCACGAAACCAUGGCUUGGAUUCUGGAAUCACUAUGGUGCAGCAGAUGACCCUUAAUGGUCCAUUGAUCCUAAACAACGCAGCUCCGACUCACUUCGAUGGGAGGGACUAGCUCUAUUUCCAGUAAUGGCAAUAUUUAUUGCACACUCACUCGGGGUAAGCCAGACGUGUAAGCUAACGGAUAGAAUGGUUACACUUGAUGUAUCUUCACAGACCACUAACUACAAAAAACACAGUUUGAGUCCUUGAUACAGUAUGCCGCAAUUCAGUUGCAAAACAUGGCUUUGAAAUGUAGGAUUUCUAUCCGCUUGUUACAUAUUACCACGUGCUGCACGAAGCUGCCUGAUGGUCUAAGCACGUUUGAUGCUGGAAUUAUGAAUGAAUGGAGAGAAGAAGAAGAAGGGGUUUGGAUAUUGUAUAUUGUGUUUCCUUCGUUGACCAUGACCGUAGCCUGCAAGGGUUCGAGCCAGACCGAGAUCAACUAGACUUAACAAUCACCCAACUCUUUUAUGUAGCAAUUAAGAAUUAUUACACAGAAUAUCAAAUCACCACUGUUAGAAGCCUG